CCCAUGGAGCACAGAGGAAGGAAAAACAACGACAGCCAUUGGACUUUGGCUGCAGCUACUGAAUCUACUGAAUGCAACAAAGUAACAUCAACUUUACGGAUACAAACGUAUAGCAAAUAGCUACAUGGAACGUUCACCUGUAAACAGCGUUGAGGUAUCACCAGAGAGCAAUGGAGAUUCUGUCUCUCUGUGUCACAAUGAGGAAGAGAACAGGAAUCAACCAGCACAUGGUGGCCCUCAAGUCCAGCUGUGUCGUUUCUACUCACAGGGACGGCACUGUAACUUUGGGAGGAAGUGCCGCUUCCUCCAUCAAAGAGGAGAUUCCACCACCCUCACCCAGGGGAAGGUAGAUAACUGGACAAAGCAAAGGUCAGAACAGGAGAUCCAAAGAGGGACAGGCCCUCACAGCCACCCUGGAAUCACACUGCAGAAUCCAGUGGUUGACAGCCAUGGAGAUGUAGGCCACAGGCUGCCCUCCAAACCAAGGGCUGCUCCAACCAGAGUUGAGAGGGCCAACAAUCGCCGGCCCUGUCGCUAUUUUCUGUCUGGGUGCUGCACCAUGGAAGAUAGAUGUCACUACUGGCACCCACCACAGUUUCCCCUAGUUGACGACCAGCCUGUAGGAGACGGAGGCAGGCCCAGGGUGCCCCAUGCCCCCCCUCCCAGUGCCCUUCAGGUGGUCAAACUGAGUGACCUGACUGACAAUAUCACCAAACAGCUACGGGACACUGAGAUCAAGCAGCUGAUAAAGCGUUUUCCUAAAGAACAGCUUAUUGUGCAGGAACGGAGCGACGGCCAAGUCACCUUCUACCGAGCCACAGUACAGCCCACUGAUCCAGACUGGCCUUUUGACUUGAAAGACGUUGACAUAAUGGUGAGCUUUCCGGAAAAGUACCCACAAGAGGUAUUUACAUUAGAUAUACCACUGGACCAGGACUUGCCAUCAGUUAUGGGAAGGUAUGUUGAACAAGCCUCACUGGAAUGGCUACAGGCUAAACAUGCCACCAAUCAGCUGAUGGGUAAGGUAGAGCUGCUCUUCCGGCCCUUCCUUCGUUGGUUGGAUCGCAGCAUGGAAAGACUGUUCACUGAGGGAGCCAGGCAGCUGAAAAAAGACAUGGAGAUAGCAAAGGCCGGAAUUCAGUUUGUGCCAUACCAGCAGCUCCAGGCAACCGUGUGCAAAGAGCCUGCUGCUGAUGACAUGCCUGACCCUGUCCUCCACACUGCAACUGAUGAGGAGAGCAGAGAAGGAGAAGAUGAGGAGUGGAAAAAACUAUUGUACCCUGGCUGUGAUGAUAAUGAUGAUGAUGAUUGUGGUGUUAGUGAUGAAGAGGACCAGGGGAAGGUGGAGAAUAUUAAGCUCAGUGAGCCCCGCAGAGGAACAGAGGUGAAGCUGCUGGGCCUGAGGCUGGGAGAGGGCACGGCGACCGUGGUCGCCACACAGGUCACUGUGUGUCUGCAGUGCAGCAGGUGUAAGGUGACAGCAGACCUGACUCUAAAUGGCAGGAACCCCUGCACGGCCCAGUGUGAGAAGUGUAACGCAGGGAUCAGUGCUGCUUUCAGACCCAGCAUGCUGCACCACUACAGUGACGUCCUGGGCUAUCUGGACCUGGGCACUGCUGCUCCUGUGGACCUGGUCCUGCAGGACUGUGAUUUGGUUAUUGUCUGCCUCAACUGCUCAAAAGAGGGACCUGUGAAGAACCUUUUGUAUGGCCAGAGCAAGGAGUUCAACUGUCAGCACUGUCACAGCAAACUCAGCAUCCUGGUUGACAGCACACGAUUCCAGUACAUUCCGCCACGCAAAGAAAAAAACGGGCACAGUGACUCUUCACUGACCUAUCGGCGUAACAUAAGGGACCCUGCCAUACAGAUGGGGAAACCACUACCUGAGAAGGGAUCCUGCAAACACUACAAACAGAGUCAUCGCUGGCUCAGGUUCUCAUGCUGUGGCCGGGCCUACCCCUGUGAUGUGUGUCAUGACGAGGACCAGGACCACCCCAUGGAGCUGGCCACCAGGAUGAUCUGUGGUCACUGCUGUAGAGAGCAGCCGUACAGCAAUGGGAAGCCCUGUGUCAGCUGUGGAGGCAUGAUGACAAAAGGAGCCUACACCAGUCACUGGGAGGGAGGACUGGGCUGCAGGAGCAAAGUCAAAAUGAGCAGAAAUGAUAAACACAAGUAUGCCAACACAAACAAAACAAUUUCACGGAAAGCAGCCAGCGAAAAGAAAUAAUCAGAGACAACAUGUUAACGUUAUGGCAGUGGUUGAUCAGGCCUGCUCUGUGUGAUUCAAGAGCAACCCUUCUAUCAAUGCCUUAUUGAUUUCUAAUAAAUCAACUAUUGUAAUGUUAUCCAGCUGAUGUGAUUGGUGAGAAGUGUUAACAAUGUUGUGAGGAUUGAGCCCCGGUCCUGGAGUAGCACUCAGCCUUGAGUUGACAAUUGUCAGUUCAAUGUUUAGUUUUGAUUUACAUUUGGUUGAGUUGUCAACUAAUGCAGAUUCAAUUUAAAAUAAACAAAAAAUGUCACUGUG